GGGAGCGUACCAAUCAGCGAGCAGAUGGAGCUGCAGGCCCCGCGGAUGGGUCGGGCUAGGCCCUAAUGACAGAUGUCGGGCGGAAUAUUCUCCCCCUUGGAUAAUCUGUAUGAGUUGGACAAUGCAAAUAGUCACCCACUGGUCUGUCAUCUCUGCUACGAACAGUAUGAACACCCUUGUCUGCUGGACUGCUACCACACCUUCUGCGCCACCUGUCUGCGAGGCAGGGCUACCGAAGGCCGCCUCUCCUGCCCUCUCUGUGGGCGUCUGUCGGUUGUGAAGGGAACCAGUGGACUCCCAAAGGUUGACCGAUUGUUGAAGUUCCUGGUCGAUAGCUCGGCUGACUGCGAGGAGGUGGUGCAGUGUGCAAACUGUGACCUGGAGUGCAAGAAGCAGGAUGCGAAUGCCAUGUUUUACUGCAACACGUGUGACCAGCCGCUCUGUGGUUCCUGCCGAGAUGACACUCACAGAGCAAAAAUGUUCGCCCGCCAUGAAAUCGUCACCCUCGCCAAACGCACCAAGGAGCUGCACAAGAAAUGCCCUCUGCAUGAGGAACCAUACAUCAUGUUCUCCACGGAGAAGAUGUCCAUGCUCUGCAUCAACUGCUUCCGGGACAUGCAAGUUGAGAGCCGUGCCCACUGUAUCGACAUUGAGACCGCCUACAUGCAAGGUUGUGCGAAACUGGACCUGGCUGUGAUGGCAGUAAAGGAGCUACAGACGUCCACACGAGAGGCCAUCAUCCUCCUGAAGGCCAUGAUUGAUGAGGUGAGACUCAAUGCAAAUGAGGAGGAGUCGUCCAUCAGCUCACUCUUCAAUAGUAUGCAGGAAAGAUUAGCUGAAAAGAAGAAAAUGUUGCUCAAAACUGCUCAGAACCAACAUGAAGAAAAAGAGAAAGCUUUCAAAGAGCAUCUUUCAAAUAUGGCAGCACUCCUGCCCACGCUUCAGGUCCACCUCGUCACCUGCUCUGCUUUCCUCAGCUCUGCCAAUAAGUUUGAGUUCCUGGACUUGGGCUACCAACUGAUGGAGAGACUGCAGAAGAUAGUGAAGCUGCCCCGCCACUUGAGGCCGACACAGAGCAGCAAGAUCAACACGGAGUUCAGGCCAGAGUUUGCACGGUGCCUUGAACCUCUGCUCUUCCUGAACCAGCGGCGAUCUGCAUCAGUGACGGGAGGCUGCGCGGGGACGGGCGGUAACAUUGGAGUUGGAAUGAACUUAGUGGGCACAAAGACAUUUGCAGCCUCCGCCUCGCCAGCGUCCCUGAGGGACAUGUCCCUGACAAACGCGGUGACCUGCAAGCCCACCUCCCAUCGCUACAUCAGCACCAAGGUCCUGCUGGCGGAGGGGGUGCAUGGCCCCUUCAUGGAGCAUUGCCAGAACUACGAGAAUACGUUCAGGGUCCUACAGACAGAGCUACAGAACCUGAAAGACCAGGUGCAGGAGAUGCACCGGGAUCUGACCAGGCACCACUCCCUCAUCAGGACGGAUGCAAUGGGUGAGAUCCUUCAGAAAUCACUGCAAAUGGACACUCAGAUCACCUCCCACUACUCCUCUGUGGAGACCAUGAGGACCAUGUUUGAGGAGGUUUGGGAAGAAACAUAUCAGAGAGUUGCAAACGAGCAGGAGAUUUACGAAGCACAACUUCAUGACCUGAUGUUACUGAAGAAAGAGAACCUGUGCCUAACCACCAUCACCCGCCAGAUCAGCCCAUACAUUCGCUCGAUUGCCAAAGUGAAGGAACGCCUGGAGCCCAGACUUAAAGAGCCGAAGGACGUGAAGGAUGACAGGACAGAUAACAUGCUGAAGAUUUACGAUGAAGGCUUAAUUAUGACGACAGAGGGGCAGCAAAGGAAUGAUCUUGCUUGUGUGAGCGAAGAUAAGGAGAAACAGCUGGACAAGGACAAGAUUAUUGACAACCGAACUCUAAAUAUUCUGUCCGAGGAUUCCGAAGUGAAAUGCAAAGACUUGUAUCGCACAACAAAACUGAAGACUGGAUUGGACACUCCCGACAGAAAGCUCACCUUGUAGUGCAGGAAUACGAGAGGCGCAUCCUCCAAUUAAUAGGACUGCUGCAAAAUGUAAAUACAAGAUAUUGACUUUACCCUGGCCCUGAUGAUGUUCCCCAUUCAUAAAUAAUCCCAGCUCUGUUUCAUAACUUUGUAGCUAAAUACAAAUCUCCUGGUGUUAUAUACCUGUGGUUUAAAACGUAGCUAUUUGAUUGCAUUAUCUUUUAGCAGAGAAUAAAUUCCAAGAGAUGUCAGUUUGCCCAUAAGGUUUCUGUUCCUCUUGCUCUGACUAUCCUUAUGUUUUAUGCUUUCUUGCAUUUCUGGUCACUGCAUUUAUAUUUGAAUUAGGGCAUGAUUUAUUAUUGCAAGAUUUUUCUGGCAGGAACACCCACAUAAUGACAAAGCGGUAAACUGGUGUUUAUCUCAGCUGCAUUACGUGGUUAGGAAGUCAAACGUUAUUGCAAGGGAAUUUGAGUGCAAGAGUUGAGACGUUCUAUUCCAAUAAAACAGGUGAGACCACUUCAGGAAUAAUGUCUACAGAUCUAGCCUCCUUGCCUGAAAAUGUAUUUACGAGAGGUGCAAAUGAAAGUUCACCAUAUUGACCUGUGGGCGGUAGGUUUGUCAAAUGAGCCACUAAAAAUGAGCCCUAAAUUCUUCAGGGACCUGAAAGGGAGCUGGUGAUCUGUCGUGAGGGUUAAAUAAGGAAUUCCCACAUUCAGGACAGAGUUGAAAAUAAGAUUCUUCAGCCAGAGGAUAAUGAAUCUAUGGAAUUCGCCUCCUUGCUGAGUAUAUUCAAUACUUGAAAAUCUACUGAUCUUUAAGUUAAUGGAGAUAUGGGGUUAGUUUGUGAAACUGACACCAUGGUUAAAUAUCAUUAGGGGCUGGAUGACCUGCUUGUUUUACCUAUAUUCUGAUGUUUAAAUUGUAGGAUUAAAAAAAAAUUCUCCCUCCAUCUUUGAACCUCAGUUUUAUUUAUUGUUCCGGGACAAUUAUCUGGCUGUGGCAAUGUAUAGGGGUUGCAAAGUUCUUGAAGGAGAAAUAGUGUCUAAAUAGUUUGUUCAUUGCUAAGUGAUGUAGGCGUCAUGGGGUACCUGGUCCUUCUUUUGCGCCUCAUGUUCCUGUUCCUUGUUACUACUGUUACAAGGAAAUGGCCAAGUGGUAUGCUACAGGUUGGCUAAGAUGUCCAAGUCCUGGUUUAAUCUGGGGAAAGAUGCAGGUUGCAGGUUUAUCCUGGGGAAAGAUGGUGGGCAGCAUUUGGGAUGUAUCCUGUAUUUGUAACCUGCUUGAUUUGACUUUGAUAACUUCAAAGCUUGGCUGAUUUAGAUGUCGAUCCAUACCAUCUCAUUAUUGUCUGGGGUACUUAAAUUAAAAUUAAUCCUCAAAUGUCAGCAAAGAAUGGAAAUGAUAAUGGGCAGAACUGAGUCUGACCCUAUCCUCAGCAAGUAUCCUGCUAUUCUGUUUUGCAAAUGGACUCGAUGGAUGGUGAUCAAGAGUAAAUUUGCUGGUUGAUUUUUCUCUAUCCACAGCUAUGCCCCUGCAACACCUCUACAAUAUGGAGGUGCUGAGAUUGACUUAAUUUCUCAAGCCUGUUUGGCACUGAGAUGGGAACUGAAUACUUCAUUGAAGAUUUUACAGCUCACAUGCAAUGUGCACUAAAAUUUUCAUGGAGUAAGUACAAGGUUGGACAAAGUUGUUUUCUCUAGAACUUCUGAGGUUGAGGCCUGAUAGAAGCUUAUAAAAUUACGAGGCAUAGAUAGGGUAGACAAUCAGAAUAUCAGAAUCAGCAUAGAUAGGGUAGACAAUCAGAAUAUCAAAGACUAGACGCCAUAGCUUUACGUUGACAGAGGCAAAGCUUAAAGGAGAUGUGGAGGACGUUUUUUUUUUCACACAGAGAGUGGUAGGUGCCUGGAAUGCACUAUCAGGGUGGUGGUGGAGGCACAUACCAGUGACAUUUAAGAGGCUUUUAGAUAUUAAAUGGAGAGAUAUUGAUCACGUACAGAGAUUGUUUAACUUUGCAAAGUUAAGUAUGGAUAGUUAAUUGUAUUGUAUUGUAUUCAAAUUUAUUGUCAUUGUCUCAAUUUCAGACAACGAAAUGAAUUUCCCUUACAGGCAGUAUCAUUAAAAAAAAACAAAAAAAAAAAAAACAUGUUCAGUACGGAUAUAGUGGGCCAAAGAGCCUGUUCCUGUGCUUUCCUGUUCUAUGUUAAUGAAGAAUAAGCAAAUAACACAAAUAAAAGUAUAAAUUGCAAAACUAAACCAAAAGAAAUGUUGGAAAAGCACAAGUCAAGUAGCAUUUGGAACGAAAGACUAGUUCAGAAAUCCAGGAGUAUCCAGGAGGAUCUGGUGAAGGACACGAACCCUAAACAGCAGCUUUAUUUAUUUUCUUUCUAAACUUGUGCACUUACAGCAUUAUCAGUCUUUGUCAAUAAAAGUAAACAGCAAAAUAAACAACUAGAAAACAGUUAGUAUAAAGGAAACCAAUGUAAUUGAAAAAUGCUCUUUUCUUUUGCGAUAAUUGAAGGAUAAAGUUUUAAAGUUUCCAUAAAUAAACCAGAAAAGUGACAAUAAAGUUUGCAAAUCAGUAAACUUUGUUUGCUGCUUCUCCCUCUGGAACUUGGGUUCUGCUAAAUUCCUGACGCUCCACUGUGUUUGCAUUCUAAGUAUUGGGUUAUUGCUCCUUUCUGGGAAUUACUUCAUUCCAUAGAAUUUCCUCAAAGCAUCCUCUGGGUC